AUGCGCCCAGCACUCCAAGCCAGGAACUUGAAGAGAGAGACGCGCGCUAUCAGCAAUGAGUGGCGCCAAGAAAUGCUCGUAAUCCUCAACAACCUUCGCGCCCAAGCCGGCGGACAGCCUGUCGAAUUGAGAGAUGAGAUCAAUAACAUGGCACAGAAGCACUCGGAGUACCAGGCGCACGCCAAUGUUAUGACCCACAAGGAUCCCAGCGGAUCCCUCGGUGACCGCGGAUCGGCUAGUGGCAUUAAGUGGGCGGGAAUUUCCGAAAACGUUGCAUUUGGGUCUCAGACUGUUGAGGACGUCAUGAAGAUGUGGGUGUCGAGCCCGCCGCAUUAUGCCAAUAUGCUCGGUAACUACUCUCUUGUCGGAUUCGGUCUUGCAUCAAACAAUACCAUAAGCAAAUACGAUAUAUACUGGACCCAGAACUUUAUUCUGCCUCGCUAG